AUGGCAAGUCUUCCAGACGCGUCUUCGCUGGCUCCCCUGCCGGACUCGCUAGCGGAGGUGGAAAUGGAGCUACAGAAGACGCAUGAGACACUUAUGGACAAGAUCCAAGAUGAGCUCGCGUGUGUCGUCUGUGGGUCUGUGUUCAUUGACCCGCGUAUCCUGCAGUGCCAGCACUGUUUCUGCUUGCGAUGUCUGUACUCCACCGUGUCGCGCGAGCGCACUUCGCAGAUCGAGGUGCCUUGCGCCUAUCGAUGCGCGGCGGUGACAGUGACGCAAGGCGACAUUCGUACGCUUCCCAAGAACCACUACAUCACCAAUACGUGCGUGCUUCUUCGACAGCAACUCGUGCAUCGAGCCCGCCUGCUGGAGCGCAAACUGUCACUCAGCGCAGCAGCGGACAACGAAGCGCUGACUCCCUCCGCCGAGAUGAGGGGUGAUUCGGCUGCACUGGCACUGACGGCUGCCGCUGCAUCGCCGGUGACUGUAGCAGCGUUUCCUUCACAAGCGGCACCCGCCACGGUGACUCACGCGGUUCUGAAGAAAGAGAUGGAUGCCGCGAAGGAACUGUACGAGUGUGAGUGGUGCUCCUGUGCGUCACCAACGUGUGAGGUAUGCCCCUACUGCUGGAGCCGCAUCUGUGUCGAGUGCCGCGGGCAGUUUUCGGACCAUCAGUAUCUGUGUCUGGAGUUGCAUCAACCAGGGCGACGGCCUGCAGAGGGGUGGCUGCCUGGCGCGAGUACUGCCACCGUGUCCGAUACGGCCCAGGAUGCUGCUGCCGGCCAAGAGAGAGGGGUUACAGCGAUGAAUAGGAGGGGCAGCGCCGCGGAGAUGGGUGCGGAGGCCGCAGCGGUGGCGCAGAUGCCUGACCAGGAGGCCCCGUUCCCGUAUUUCAUUACACCGUUCUUUGUGCCGGUAUUGGUGAAGGAGUACCUGAUGAAACAGCAGGGCGUGGCCAUGCGGCCGAGCGAGAUUGACGUGACGGCUGUGAUGGCUGUGCGGCUGGCGGUACCGGAGGUGGAGGUCCAGUGUCAACACCACACCACUGGCUUUGGUUUUGACUUCCGUAUUCACCCCUCCUUCAAGACGAUGGAGGGGGUGGAGGUGGACUUGACAAUGCCGCACUGGGCUGAGGAUGGCGGCAGGCCUAACGCUACCCUUUCUUUUCUCGCCAACACCGCCCGCCUUGGCGAGACUGUCUUGCAGGAUCUGCGACGCCUCAGCACGGUGGUGAGCAAUGUGGUGCUAGAGCUGUCAAGCGCCGCGCAUCAGGCCUCCGUGCGUCGCAACAAGGGGUUUCACAUGUACGCCGUGCAUGUCUGGUCUCUGGCGCGGUCUCAGUGCGUAAUUGCCCGCGACGCCCUACUGCCACACCUCGAACGUUCUCGUUUGCUGGAGAACAUGAUGGGGGACUUGGUUGUAUACCAUUUUCAGCAGACGGCGAGUCAUGCAUCACCGCCCCAGAAGCACUUCAUCCGUGACAAGUGCGUCGCCUUCAUGAAGGCGGAGGUGCAGCUCUGCCGACAGCUGGAUCAGAUAAUGGAAGGCGUGGACGCGGUUUGUCGUGGUAUUCACACACUGCUCACUCGCAUGUAUACUGUAAUGAAGGAGCUCGCGCAGCCUACGGCCCACCGAAGGGAGGAGAACAGGCGCUCACGGCAGAGCCGACUGCGGAUCAGCACGCGAAUGUUUCAAUCGCGCCAGCAAGAGCAGCAGGCCUCACGCGAGCCCGAAUCUUACGCCUGCGCUUCCGCAUCAGUAGAUGAGACAGUGUUGUCGCCGCGCACUCGUGUGCGGAUGAUCCGUUUGCUUUCACGGCGAUUGCCACGUGCUGGCACGGUCCCGGUCGAAGUGGAGGCACCGCUGACACCCUUGCCUCAAAACGUUGCGGACGCCGUCCCUGAUACUAUUCUCAGCGACAAGGUCGGCGAACCAGACUGCAGUUUUCACGUGCAGGUUGCAGAGCACGGUGCGAUGACGCGCACCCUGACGGAGUCGAUGCUCUCUAUCCUCCGGUGCUUCAUGCAGGCCCGCGUGUGGCAGUGGUCGCUGAGCAACACCUGCAUUCGGGAGUGUGGCCUUAGUGAGGGAGACCGGCGCACGCUGCUGGCCGUGGAAGAGGAGUUGCAACUUAUCACGGACAACCUUCUGCAUUGCAUGUGGGCGUCCUCUCGCAUGACUUAUAUUAUGGAAGUGGAGCAGGACGCCGCCGGUCCGGCGUCCUCGUUGGACAUCCUGAUGGACGCUGAGACCCUGGAGCUGCUAAAGGGUGAGCUGGAGUGUCCCAUGUAUGAUCACAGUGAAGUCUUUGAGUCGCUCAAGGCGCUCUCUCAGCUGCGCGCGCAGUUUGUGUCCUCCAGCUCCGCUAUUACCAUUGUGGCUCGAAAUCCGGACACGCAACAGGAGCUUUUGAGCAUGAUGAGUUCCGUCUUGAGCUCCACCAUGACGCACCAGACCACAGUGUUGCGCCUUGUUGCCCAGGCGACCACUUCCCUAAACGAGUACUACGCCGACUACCUGCGCACACGUCAGAUGAACCCCACCGUCGGCGAACGACCAUCCCCGAGCGAGGACACGCUGCUGGCGGUUGACGUGUUGAAGUUGUUACAGCUCCAGAGCGAUGAACAGCUGGCCGACUCCCUCGCCGUAAUGUCCAAGAUGAGGGACCACCGCGACGACGACGGCCUAAGAGGUGCCCACGCUCGACAAGGCAUCCAUUGUGCGAACCUCUCCGCAGCGACGCAGGGCGGACGUCUGUCUGAUACGGACAGCGCCCCUGUUGGCGGAGGCACUGCACUGAGGUCGCGCUGCCCGUUUCGCACUGAUUUUUCGCUGCGUGAUACAGCGUUGUCUUCGUGCCAGGCCUACGGUGAGGCUCUCGUGCGUGCGGCACAUGGGGAGCCCCUGCAGGCUGGAUUCGUCCCCGAGGGCCAGCCGCAAGGGCAGCAAUCCGAAGAGCAGGCGAGCGAUGCGGAGGUUGCCGUGGAGGCGGUCGCUGAGAUGCCAUCUCCAUCGGCAGGGGCGCCGAAGCACUCCACGGAGUUAGUGGAUAGAACUGUUGCCGAGCAAACCGAAGAGAUGGUACCAGAGGCAUUAAUGUCGUCUACUGCAUCCUCGCGGACGGUCGACGCUGACACGCAGCGCAGUGCAUCGAUGUUACGGACCGCAACCGCCGUUGCUACCCCCGUCGCACACGACGACGGGGGUAGGUCUGCACGAGAUGACGACACCCCAUACCGUGAGUCGCUAUUUUCGGCGGACAACAACGAGUCUGUUGUGGCCUUGACGCGAGUCUCACCGUCCGCCGCAGACCUCGAUGGGAUUCGGAAGGCGGCAAAGCUCUUCGGAGCUGCCUUUCAGCUGCCAGCGACCACCACGUCGGUGGGACGACGGCGGCUCGUUUUACUCCCCUUCUACCACGGGGAGUGCAUAUACAAGGGGUUGUCGACCCCGUUCUAUGUGGACGGGCAGACGGGCACCGUGCACAUGGACCCCCGAACUCUCUCUGCCACGGGAAAGUCCCAGUGCGUGCUCGAGGUACUGAGCUCACCGCUAUUCUUCAUACUCUUCAAUGCGACUCUAAGCAUCUUCUUGCACCGGCAGUGCAAGGUUGGGAUUAUGUACAAGUGA